AUGUUAUCCAUAUUUUUAUCAAGUAAUAAUGAUAAUAAUUUCAAUACUACUGAUUUAUUGUAUUUUUUAUGUAAAGAAAAUGAAAUAGGAAAAAUUCGAAAUAAUUUAUCAUGUAUUGAUAAUAUAAAACAAAGAAGAUUAUUUUCAAAGAAUGAUUAUGAUUAUAUUGAAUGGCCAAUGGUAGGCAAUGAUCUUCUUGGUAAACGACAUAAAUUCUGUGAAGCUACCGAUUUAUAUAAAACUUAUGACAAUCAUCAUUUAGUAUCGAAAUUAUUAGCUGAAGUUAUUCAUUAUUGUUUAAAUGAGUAUCUAGUAAAUCAAAGUAAUAAUACUGAAAAUCUGGAAUAUCAAACUACUCGUAAACAAAUUGAAAUAAUUCAAGGAUGUUUUAGAGAAGAUAUUGAAAAACAAGAUGAUUUAACAUAUUUUAUAAAAGCUUAUUCAUGA